AUGGCCUCCCUUGCUGCAGCAAAUGCAGAAUUUGGCUUCGAUUUAUUCAGAGAGAUGGACAGCAGUCAAGGAAAUGGCAACGUAUUCUUCUCUUCUUUGAGCAUCUUCACUGCUCUGACCCUGGUUCGUUUGGGUGCUCGAGGUGACUGUGCACGGCAAAUUGACAAGGCACUUUACUUCAAUACCCCCUCAAGACAUGGAAACUCUCCCAACGAUCAGCCAGGAUUCCAGUUUCAACUGAAAAGAGUUCUUUCUGAUAUAAACUCAUCUCAUAAGGACUACGAACUCAGCAUUGCCAAUGGACUUUUUGCAGAAAAAGUGUUUGACUUUCAUAAGAACUACAUUAACUGUGCUGAAAAAUUAUAUAAUGCUAAAGUGGAAAGAGUUGACUUCACAAAUGAUAUAGAAGUCACCAGAUACAAAAUUAAUAAAUGGAUUGAAAAUGAGACACGUGGCAAAAUCAGGAAGGUAUUAGGCGAUGGCAGCCUCAGCUCCUCUGCGGUCAUGGUACUAGUGAAUGCUGUCUACUUCAAAGGCAAGUGGAAAUCGGCCUUCACCAAGAAUGAGACCCUAAAAUGCCAUUUCAGAUCUCCCACGUGUCCCGGAAAAGCAGUUGCUAUGAUGCAUCAAGAACAGAGGUUCAAUUUGUCUACAAUUCAGGACCCACCCAUGCAGGUUCUUGAGCUCCCAUAUCAAGGUGGCAUAAGCAUGUACAUUAUGCUGCCUGAGAAUGAUCUAUCUCAAAUUGAAAACAGACUGAGCUUUCGAAAUCUAAUGGACUGGACCAAUAGAAGAAAAAUGAAAUCUCAGUAUGUGGAGGUGUUUCUUCCUCAGUUCAAGAUAGAGAAAGAUUAUGAAAUGAGGAGACACUUGAAACCUCUAGGGUUGGAGGAUAUCUUUGAUGAGUCCAGAGCUGAUCUCUCGGGAAUUGCUUCUGGAGGUCGUCUCUAUGUAUCAAAGCUAAUGCACAAGUCAUUCAUAGAGGUCACAGAGGAGGGCACUGAGGCGUCAGCAGCCACAGAAGCCAACAUUGUAGAAAAGCAGCUCCCUGAAUCCACAGUGUUCAGAGCUGAUCACCCCUUCCUGUUUGUCAUCAGGAAGAAUGGCAUCAUUUUAUUUACUGGCAAAGUCUCUUGCCCUUGAAAACUUGAUUGGUUUAUAACACAGUAGUCCUUGCCACAUCAGUGAAACAUCAUGAGUGAAUAGAAUUUUAAUUGGAGGCAUAUGGGUUUGUUUUGUUUGUUUUAGUCUAUUUCUUCCUAAGUAGG